AUGGAGCCCCCUUCGACUACGUUUGCUAAAGUGAUACCAUCAAACACGGCGGCAAAGCUGGCCUUUCACGCCGUGUAUGAGGCUACCAUGGACGAGGAUGCCCCUCAACUGCACAGGCAGAAUAUCUACGUGCAUCCCGAGCAGCAAUACGAUAAGGAUGCACUCUUAUCCUACCUCGAGGAACAGAAGAUCCAAGGGGAUACUGAUAGCGAUAGCCUAACGGACCCGGAUACCGAUACUGAGAAUACCGAGAAACUCCAUGCAAUGAUAUGGACUGGCUGGUUUUCUUUCAGCCUUGACCCAGGGCCCCAUGACCCCGUAACUGGAUGGACUAUUGGCAAGGGAGGCAGAAGAAGGGUGAAUAUUGACUAUCUGCUUCCGUGGAUUUCAGCCGGUGUUCGGGGCUACCAUGCGCGAUUCAACUUGCACGAGAAGACCGGCUAUCUUUUUGUCUCGAAGACGUCUAGUGCCCCCCAUGCUGAAGUUGUUGUUAAUGGGAAGAGCGUGGGCAGCGGCGAGCAGUUUUCUCUAAACCAGAAUCCGAUGAAUAUUCGGAUCAGCAAUUUAGAAUUCGAAUUCCAAUACACGAAUUUUGCAUACGCCGAUCAAUUCUACAGAAGGAGGCAGACUUAUAUGAGAGCUAACCUGAAUACUAUAAGUUUUCCAAAUAGCAGUAUCACGCCUACUCCUAUUUCCACGUUUCGUUGCUUCGGUCCAUGGACGAUUUCGAGUUCCCUUGGGAGAGGGGCGUACGGGAGAGUCUCGUCCGCAACCAAUAGUAAGGGCGAAGUGGUUGCAAUCAAAAUUAUUGAACGCAGCGAAAGGACAGCCCACCAAGUCAGCCAUGAGGUCCGUAUCCUCAACGAGCUUCAGAAGCUGCCAGAAGUGCACGAGGGUGACAGGGAGCGUGUUGUGCGGCUGAAGGAGGCUAUCUAUCAGAAUGGGGAUGAAGUCUAUACUUCUGCUGUCUUUGACGAGGUUGCUCUUGUCCUUGAGCCUGCUGUUUCUGCAACGUUUGCACAUAUCACCAGCCCUGCCGCUGGCAACAAGUUAAACUAUAGUCUGCAGGACCUUACCAGGCUAUUCCAUGAUGCUUUGCUGGGCCUGAACUUCUUGCACUCCCACGACUGGAUCCACGGAGACCUCAAACCCAGCAACAUCGGCAUCCUCGACGUCGGCUUCCUCCAUGUCGUUCUCCUCGAUUUCGGCGGAGCUGUCAACUUACCACCGGGGUAUAUCCUACAGCCGACGCCAGGUCGAAGUGGAACGGUCAACUAUCUUGCUCCCGAGCGCGAGCUUGUAGCCUAUGACCAUUCCAUCGACGUGUGGGCUAUGGGUGUAAUUGGUUUUCAACUUCUGCACGGCCACCACCCGUGGAAGUUCGCUGUUAAUCCAUGGCGGCGUGAGAACCAGUUUGCGUCUCUACGUCCAACCUUCCAUGACAAGUACCGCAAAGCGGUGCAUAGAAUGAAGAGCCACGUCAGUACAGAAUUCAACGAGAUGUUACUGCAGAUGUUGCGGCAUCCCUGGGCAGUGGAAGGUAAUAACGGCGAACGUAUCGCUGUCCGGGACGCUCUUAAGAGUGCUUGCUGGCAGGACUUGGAGGGAGAUCAGCCAUUUGUGAAGCGUACGAUGGCCGCGCCUCAAGAGCAAGCCGGCAGCCAUGUCUUCAAGUCAUGGCUCGAUGCUGCCGCUGUUAUAGAUGAGAAGAUGCAUGGACCUCUCCCAGACGUGGUAUCUACCCAGGGCCACCAUCUAAGACCCCGUCCCAAUAGCCCGAUAUUCGAACGAAAACACGAUCCGGAGUUCCUGGAGAAACUCGACUUCUUCCUCGACGACCUGCUCUUUCUGCAGAAGCUACGGCGCCGCAAGUAUGGAAACGAGGUCGCCGACGAGUGGCCGCCCAGCCACACCCCGACCGAGAUCAAGGACCGCUGGAAGACUGAACAGGAGGAAGAGCAGAGGAAGAUAAAGGCUCUCCUUGACAUUCCGACGCCUCCUACGCCUGCGGAUGUCCAGGUCUGGACCAUACCGCGGAUGGCCUCUAAAAGACGGAGGCCAGCCGACUCUGCGUACUCGUCUGGCCCGCCUACGCCGGUUUUAUCACGAAAGCGUCGUAAACAUAUACGUCCCAAGGAAUCUGCUUCUACCGAGAUAUCACCUAUAUCUUCCAAGACGCUGCCACGAGAUGGUCCAUCUUUCCGGACCCCGCCUUCAUUGCAUUCUGCCUCACCCGAGUCACUUGGAGAUGUCACCUAA